AUGGAUAAUGAGCAACAGUCAGUAAGUAGUGAUACCGAGUUGGAAAGUGGGACACAAAGUAAUGUUAGUGACGUAGUUCAGGAAGUACAAUGUGAGAAUCUGGGGGCAGAAGGACAAGAAAUGUUGCCAUUGCCACCCAGUGAUUCAGUUGAUAGCGGAAAUACUGUGCCAUCCGCAAGCACUGGACACGGACCAGAGAGUGGUGAGGUGUCAGAAGUGCAAUCAUUAAGAGUUAUGUUCGAGCGCAUGCUCAAUUUCCAAGCUGAAUUUGUACGUGUGCAAGCAGAGCGUGAUAGAGAACGUGAUGCUAAACAAGCAGAACGCGAUAGAGAACGUGAUGCUAAACAAGCAGAACGCGAUAGAGAACGUGAUGCUGAACAAGCAGAGCGUGACCAGAGAUUGGUAGCUGAAUUUGCCAAACAAGCAGAGCGCGAUAGAGAACGUGAUGCUAAACAAGCAGAGCGUGACCGACGCCUGCAUGAGAGGGACUUGCAGUUGAUGCAAACUUUAGAAGUUAUGCAAAGUGAGAUUGUUAGUUUGAAACAAAAAUAUGAAACCAUACCCAAAACGGUGCAAGAAUUAAGCGAAAGAGUAGAUAGUGUUCAAGUGGCUAACGCCAAUAUAGUAGAGGAAAUCAGUGUCCUGACUAAUAGGGUCGAACAACUAGAAAUUGACACAACUCAAGUAAUUGAGAACAAAGUGAUCGAACAAGUGCACAAAGUAGAAAAUGAAGUCAUAAAAGAAAUAGAUCAGAAAGUGCACGCCGCAAUUGAGGCCAGAGAUGUGGGCUCAAGUGCGGAUGUGCAAGAUCUAAAAAGGAUAGUGCACAAAGACAUUCCGCUGUGGCAGCGGAGUGUGGACCGUCGUCUUGCCGAGAUGGAGCUUAGCUUGCGGCAUGGCGAGGCACGGGCGUAUGUCACGCCAGCCAGGUCCAACAAUGAUAGGCAUAUAAAUACUGCAGUAAAAAAUUGCGACUGCGAGACAGAACAGGCAACCAAUCUGCACGUGUGCCCCAGCCUCCUCGUCCUCUAG